CGAAGUGACUUGGUCAGAAUAGUGACUGGAGAGGGACACGGUGAUGCCGGGACCAGGAUUCGUUGUUGGAUUGGUUAGUAAAGUUCAGUGUCAUCAAAGUGCUACUAUCCAACUGAAUUAUUCUCCUCGGAUAAAUAAAUUUAAUUGAUAAAAUAAAACCGUUGAUACUCGUUAGAUCACAUCAUCUAAUUUGGCAGCUGGAUUAACAUUUAUAAAAGUGUUUUACAAUGGCGAUGGGCAAAGGGUUUCGUGUUUACGAAAAAUUGAAACCUCCAAGUCCUCAUUCGCUUAUUUUGGAGCAUCGUAACUGUAAGGACACUGUGCUCUUUGAAUCACAAGCAGUCGCGGUUCUUUCUGCGCAAGAAACAGAGUCCUUGAAGUCUCAAUACACAAAGCUGCUGGACGCCUACGGGUGUCUUGGAGUUCUCCAGCUGAAUGCUGGAGAAAAUACCCACCUUUACCUGGUGCUGGUGACCGGGUGUUUUUCCAUGGGCAAAAUAGGCGACUCGGAGAUAUUCAGAAUCACCCAGACACACUUUGUUCCUCUGCAUUACACGCAAGGAAACGAAGACAGAGUUUCUGAAGUUCGGAAGGUCUUGAACUCUGGUACGUUUUACUUCUCCUGGACUGCUGGGACACACGAAGCUCUUGAUAUUACCUUGAGUGUUCAGCGAAGAUAUAAAUCAACGUGUACUGAUAAUAGAUUUUUCUGGAAUCGUAUGCUUCACAUUCACUUGCUGAGGUAUGGAGUCGAUACAAAUCAAUGGUUAUUAAAAGCGAUGUGUGGAAGUGUUGAAAUACGGACCGUUUAUGUUGGUCACAGGCAAGCUAGAGCUGUUGUUGUUUCACGACUUAGUUGUGAACGUGCUGGUACCAGAUUCAACGUCCGGGGAACAAACGACGACGGCCAUGUAGCAAAUUUCGUCGAAACGGAGCAAAUAAUUUACCUAGACAAUGAAGUGACCUCCUACGUGCAAACCCGUGGCUCAGUGCCUCUCUUCUGGGAGCAACCAGGAAUCCAAGUAGGUUCUCACAAAGUAAAAAUCUCCCGAGGCUUCGACACAGCAUCUCCAGCAUUCGACCGUCACCUGAGUAUGAUAAAGCAGCGCUACGGCCAGCAAGUAAUAAUAAACCUACUCGGCUCAAGUUUAAUCGGCAGCAAAGAAAGCGAAGCGAUGUUAAGCCAGAUGUUUCAAAGCCACCACAAUUUAUCCCAGCACAUAGACGUGCCUCACAUAAUCUUCGACUACCACCAAGAGUGUCGUGGCGGCAACACAAAGAAUCUCUCCAAGUUAAAAGCGAAAGUAGAAAAGUAUCUAGACUCCUUUUCACUAUUUUACGCUGUCGGAACUUCCGUGAUCAGCGAGCAAGUCGGUACAAUCCGUACAAAUUGCCUCGACUGCCUAGACAGGACUAACUGCGUCCAAACAUUUCUAGCCUUAGAAAUCCUUUCAAAACAACUAUCACUGGUAAAAUUAUUCGAGAAGCAACAAUUAGUCUCCCGAUUCGAGGAAGUCUUCCGCCAAAUGUGGAUCAACAACGGGAACGAAGUCAGCAAAAUUUACGCAGGCACCGGAGCAAUUCAAGGAAGCUCCAAAUUAAUGGACGGUGCUCGCUCCGCCGCUCGAACAAUUCAAAACAAUUUAUUAGACUCCAGCAAGCAAGAAGCUAUCGACAUUUUACUCCUAGGCUCCACCCUCAACACCGAGCUAGCAGACCGAGCUCGGUUAUUAUUACCCUCAAACAUGCUCCACGCUCCUCCAAGUGUCUUGAGAGAAAUGUGCAAGCGCUACAGCGAAUAUUUACAAACAAUAAAUCUCCGCAUCGGCGUGGGAACUUACAACGUCAACGGCGGCAAACACUUCCGCAGUGUCGUCUACAAGGAUGUGUCUUUAUCCGACUGGCUCCUCGACGCUCCCCGCAACACUACCUACCUUUUAGCUCCAGAUGACGAUGGAGUUCCAGUUGAUGUCUUCGCGGUCGGGUUCGAAGAGAUAGUCGACCUAAACGCGAGCAAUAUAAUGGCAGCAAGUAGCGACAACGCCCGAGCGUGGGCGGAAGAGCUCCAGAAGGUAAUCUCCCGAGACACUGAAUAUAUUUUGGUGACUUACCAGCAAUUAGUCGGAGUCUGCUUGUAUUUAUUCAUCAGACCGCAGCAUGCUCCUCAUUUAAGAGACGUAGCUGUAGAUUGCGUUAAAACUGGCCUCGGAGGAGCUACGGGUAACAAAGGCGCCGCUGCAAUAAGGUGUGUGUUAUAUUCAACAUCAUUCUGCUUCGUCUGCGCUCAUUUUGCAGCCGGCCAGUCCCAAGUCAGUGAAAGAAACGCAGACUAUGCUGAAAUUACUAGAAAGUUAGCUUUUCCAAUGGGGAGGACACUUAAUACUCAUGAUUACGUUUUUUGGUGCGGAGAUUUUAAUUAUAGAGUUGAUAUGGACAAAGAUGAGAUGAAAGAAUUGAUCAGGAAUAAUGAACUGGACCAGAUUCUGCAGUUUGAUCAGCUGCUGGUUCAACAGGAGCAGGGAAAUGUGUUCAAGAAUUUUAUUGAAGGUCCUAUCACCUUCCCUCCGACUUAUAAGUACGAUUUAUUUUCGGAUGAUUAUGAUACCAGUGAAAAAUGUCGUCAGCCUGCUUGGACAGAUCGGGUUCUUUGGAAAAGACGCAAGCAGAUUCCGGACAUUGAUUCUCCAGCUGAUUGGAACCCCGGAAGAUUAAUUUACUACGGCAGGGCUGAGUUGAAACAAAGUGACCAUCGUCCGGUGAUUGCGAUCAUUGAUGUGGAUGUUCAUGUUGUUGAUCCGGAGAAACGGGAGGCUGUGUUUAAGGAAGUUAUUGAAGACCUGGGGCCUCCUGAUGGGACGAUUAUUGUAAAAGCUACUGAGGAAAGUGAAGAUAUUGACAGUGUGUUUGAUGACAAUUUUAUGCUGGCGCUUCUGCAGGAACUUUCGCAUAUAGGCGAGGUGAUUCUUGUGAGGUUUGUUGGGGAAACUAUCUGGGUAACGUUCCGCGACGGUCAAUGCGCUCUCUCGGCUGCUCGCAAAGGCAUGACUCAAGUCUGCGGUCAGACGUUGAAGCUGUCAUUAAAGUCUCCGCAUUGGGUGCAAUUAAUUCAAAAGGAAAUUGAAAUUUGCAGCAAUACUACCAUUCCGCAGUAUGAUGACUCGCCUUCGAGGAAUGUUUCGAGGCUUGAGCAAUUGGAGAUCGCUGAUGAUCCUAAUUCUGGAAGAUCUAGUCCGAGUGAUGGAAACAGACCGCCUAGACCGGCGCCUCCUACUCGUCCGGCUCCUCCAAGGAGCCCGGCUCAUGAGAGAAGGCCUCUUCCUCGGGCGGGAGUGAUUAGUGUGAUGCAGAAUCAGUUUGUUUCGUCGAGAGCUGAGGACUUGGAGAAGUCUGAGAGGCUCUCACCUGAGUCGGCGAUUUAUGAAGAAAUUUUGGAUGAACCGCCGAAUUAUCCGGUUCCUAAUAGACCCCCGCCUCCGUUACCUAGGUCUGCGACAGACGGUCAAGAGUCUAAGCCGCCGAAUUCGGCUCCUCCGCCGCUUCCACAAAGGCAGAUGCCCGUUCCGCCACCGCAACAUCCGCCGCCGAGUUUGCCGCCUCCUAACUUACCUCCGCCUGUUCCUGCUAGGUCUGGAGGUGGGCCUCCUAUUCCUACUCGGAAUCCUCAGUAGAUUUUUGUUGUUGCAGUGAGAAAAAAUUUAUUUAUGAAAAUUAAGUUAGCCGACAUUUAAAAAUUUUUAGAAUUUUUUUUAUUGAAAAA